UUCUCUCUCUAAAACCUACCGUUUCUCUCUCUACAACGAAUUGAAUUCCCCAACCUAGACACUGCGACAAAGCUCACCCCCAGAAAAAAAUACGACGUCCCUUCUCCAAGUCACUCCAGAAUUUCGCCCAAAAAAAGUCCAAUUUGAAAAGGAGAGAGAAAAUAUAAAGACAAAACAAUGCAGCUUUUAACUCUUUUCUGCAGCUAAUUUUUAUUUUUUAAUUUCGAUCUGGCUUUUCAUAUUUUUUGGUAAAAGGGGAAAAAAAGAGGAAGAAAGUAGCUCGAAUUUCUGUUCCCAGUAUUGGGAGUUAGUUUAUUUGAAGGGUUUUUGGUGGGUUUUUGCACCAGCCAUGGCUCUGGGAAAGAUCACUCUCCUCAUUGGUGCAGGAAUCUUGGGUUCAGUUUUAGCUAAAGAGGGGCGCAUGCCCAGUUUUUCUGAUGUCAUCUCAGGUGCCUUCAAGAUUGCUCUAAAGCCAAUAAAGCAAAGUGAUUCAGCUUCCACAACAACCAAACCAAGAAAUGAUGCUUUGGUGGCUCAGGUAAAUACUUUAAGGCAAGAGCUGCAGCUUCUUGCAUCAAGCAGACCGAUGACAAUUGUGACUUCAAAUGCAACAGGUGGUCGUCGAUAUGGUGUUAUCAUUGUAAUUGUAGCUGUUGGCUAUGGAUAUGUGUGGUGGAAGGGCUGGAAAAUUCCUGGCUUCAUGUUUGCGACAAAGCGCGGCUUAUCAGAUGCCUGCAAUUCUGUGUCGAAGCAGCUUGAUGAAGUUUUUCUUUCACUCAGGGGUACCAGAAACGAGAUAUCUUCCAAACUUGACCAAUCAAGUAAUAAAUUUGAUGAGAUAAUUGCAUGUAGUAGUUCUACUAAGGAGGAGGUAGUUGGAGUAUGUGAAGAGGUUUCAAACUUUACUGUGGAUCUCCAAGAAGUCAAUCAUACAAUUCGAACUCUGGAGUCAAGAAUGGGCAGAAUUCAAGUGAAACAGGAUGAGACAAAGGAAGGAGUGGGGAGAUUGUUGCUUGCUACACUGGAUGAGGAUAAUUUUGCAGAUCUUAUUCAGGAUUCGCCUUCUGGUGCUUCUAGGCCUGCUAUUGAACAUCAGAUUGCAACGCCGUCAAGGACUGUGUCCCUGCCUCCAACCUUAGAGCCUUCCUCUCCUUCAACUUCUUAUGGAUCUAAUGAGGUUAAUGGAGACCCAAGUAAAGCUUCUUCAUCCUCGGGACUGACGGAGUAUCAAAGGAUUUCAGAAGCAGUAGAGAACAGUCCCAGUCCCAGUCCUAGGGUUUCCAGCAGGAGUAAUGUAUCCGAAAUCACAGUAAAACCUCCCGAGUCACCUACAACGCAGCCCAAUGUCAAAAGCGCUGGCUUGCUUUCUAGAACAAUUAGCGCGACAAGGUACUUUAAAUGGUAGUACACUUGCUUAAGUUAAUUUAAGGACCAUAAAGUUAUACAAGAUAUAGAUCCCUUUGUAAGCUAUCGGAGAAAGUUUUUGGAUUUGACAUCAUAUCAAUGGCCGGAUUCCCUUUCGGGCAAAGGAAUGGCCUGUUAAAGAUUUAUGAAAAACUUUCUGGUUGCUGAAUUUUUGUAGAGAUGCAGGGUCGAGUUUAGAAAUAGGAUCAUCUUGGUCAUUUACACUACUAUUGAAUGUUAUGGAGACCUUACGGGAACUAUAUCAUAAUAAGAAAAAAAAAACAUGAGAAUUUGAUUCAUGUUUUCAGUUUUUCACCCCUUCCUUUGGAAGAUCUAAGGAUUUCUUUCAAUUUGUUUAAAUUUUCACUAUGAGGAACAA